AUGGCAGAUCUAGCAACUAUUCUUUCUAUUCUUCAAUUGGUUUUAAUGAGUUUAGCCUUAGUUUUGACUUUGAUCUAUUCACUUUCAAUUCUAUCAAAUCGUCGAUUUCAUCAUCAAAAUAAUAUCUUUAUACUUAAUAUCUGUUUUGCUAUAAUGACAAGUGCGAUUUUUUUUCUUGCAUAUCUUAGCAUAUUAAAUUUCAAUGUGAAACUUUUCUAUAUUUCCAAUAUUUGCAUAAUUAUGUACUAUGCAUAUAGUAUAGCAAGUAUUCAAAUACCAUUUGCAUUUGUGGCAUUUACUGUACAUCGAUUUUGUUUCAUAUUAUAUCAUACUCGACCUUUCUUUCGAACAAACAAAUGGGUGAUUAUUUGUAUUGGAGGACAAUGGAUUAGUGAAUUUCUUAUUUCGUUACCGUUUAUUAUUAGAUCACAACCAUAUUGCCUUAUUCCAGUAUCAUUACGACUUUAUUUUUUUAUGAUAGUGGUCAUCGUACCAUCAUUUAUGAAUAUUAUUUUGAAUAUUCGUAUAUUUGUCCAUGUUCGAUCAUCAAGUUAUCGUGUUCGACCUGCAUGGACUGCUUCUACAGUUAACAAUGUAAAUAACACUCAACAACAACAGCGCAACGCAUCAAUUAGUCGUCGAGAAAUAUCGCUAUUACGCCAAAUGAUUUUUAUGUUUACUAUGUUUAUUGGUGGUUGGACUCCAGUAUAUUUUAUGCUAUAUCUUAGUCAAAUUAUCUACAUCAGUGCAGUAAUACAACUAUUUGCUACAAUAUUAUGCGAAUUUGCUCUAUUAAGUUCAAUCAUCAAUUUAUUUAUUUGUAAUCGUGAAUUACGAGAAUAUUUAAUGAACAAACUUCGCUUUUGUCUUACACGAGGGAACGUAUUUAGAUGA